AUGAGCUCUGAUUUCGACGAGAAGGAUUUGCACCAGGGCAUUAUUUUUGCCCUGCACCUGACGCCCACGCUACGCAGCCAUGUGCCCAGGAUCAUGUCCUGUGUGGGCGGGCUGAUCAGAGACCUGGUCAAGAGCCAGCCCAACACGGGGCUGGGGUGCUUUCUCUUCAACUGCAUCAAAAAGGACGCGUCGGUCGACGGCGUGCUGCCCGUCUUCGAGCUGCAGGACAUCAGCAUCGACCAAUUGCAGACGGUAGAGCAGUUCGAUGGGGACUCUGUGGCUGUGCUCGAGGAAAACCCGGAAAUCAAUUAUGGGGAGCAACUUGCCCGCAUGCUGCAGGUCGCGCGCGACAACUUUGUGGCUCCCCCACGCUUUACCAAACCGUACACGGUCCGUCGCGUCUUCCUGUUCUCAGACUGCGAUCGACCCUUUAACGGCAACACCUCGCGCAAAAUCACCCUCUGGAACAUCCUCAACGACCUCAGCCUGGAAAAAAUCAACAUCACGCCUUUUCUGCUCGCCAACAAGCCCGACUUCGAUCUGUCAGAGUAUCAGACUAUCUUCGAGACUCUUGACCGGUUCCGGCCUGCUGUGGAAAAGCUGGACAUGGAUCAGAUCGAAGACAAAAUUCUGCGAACCAAGGAACUCAGACGGACCUCCUUUAAAUGCACUCUGGCGCUGCGAGACAUCAAGAUUUCUGUUCAGGGAUGUCCGCUAUUCAAAGAGCCCCGGUUGCAGAGCCCUUACCGUUUCUUCGACGACAAUGGCACAUACAGGUACGUGGAGUCGCAGUCGGUAAAGCUCGACACCACCACGGGCGCCAAGGUCAACGACGAGAACGUGGUAUCGACCAUUGGCUUUGAGAACCAGCACGCUACACUGGACAGAGACCUCAUAGCCAAGCCGUUCGACAACGACAACAAACCUGUGCUCCAGAUUGUUGGGUUCCGCAAGAUCGAGUACUUUGUCCACCACUAUUCCGUGGGCACGCCUGCGCUGGUCACUCCGAGCGACUUGGAGCAGUACACGCACUCGCGCCGAUCUUUCUCGGCACUGUACCAGUCGCUCACGGCAAAACGCAAAAUGGCGCUUGCGUGGGGGUCCACGCGCAAAAACCAGGCCCCCACAGCGUACUACCUGGUCCCCACCGCUGCCUCGCUCGGGUACACCACGAGCAUCGAGCCGUAUCCUGACGGCCUUGCGCUCAUCCCACUCCCGUUCAAGGACGACGUGCGCUGCCUGCCGGGCUAUCUGUUGCAGAUGGAGCCGAGCGCGCCAAUCUUUCCCAAUCAGAUCGAGGACUUGGUUACAGAGAUUGUGGAUAUAUUCAGGCCGUUACCAAACCCGCAGAUCGAGUGGUACUUCAAAGUGUUAGAGGACCAUCUGUUGCAGCGUGAAGUCGACUACGACCCGCAGGUCCCGCUGGAAAUACAGAAACAGCAGAUGAUCGAUGGGCAGGACCAGCUGAAGAAAAAGUGCAUGGAGCUGCGCAACCGGCUGGGAAACUCCAAGAAACUGAGCCUCCUAGUGGCCGCAGUGCGUGCAGAGCUGAACAGAGUGGACAACUUCCAGCAGCUGAACGUCCAGCCGACUCGUGAGGACAAGAGGGCUAUGUUGCUGACCGACGACAUCGUGCUGAAAGCCUACAAGCUGGGACAGCUGAAUGAUUUCACCUCGGACCAGCUGAAGGUGUACGUAAACUCGAAGGCGAACCUAAUUCCGAAAGCGAAGACCAAGAAGGAGAUGCUGGAGAAUAUCACGGAUUACUUGGACCGGACGGUGGGCUGA